UUUGCUUUUGCUCAACCUAUACAAGGAAGCUGAUUGGAUCUCUCCGUUCGUUUAGUCUCUCUUUAUCCUCACCCGGGGCUUGUGAGAAAAGAAUCCACUUGUAUCGGCCCCUCUUUUUGGAAGAGAAACGCUGCGUUAGUGAUGAGCACAGGCAGGUUACUCAGCACUGAGGCUUUAUCCUGCAUGUCGAAUGUGGACAACGUGACUGGGGGCCAGUCCCACUUGGUUCUGCAGCCUGUCUGGGACUACCUCCACCAGAACCACCACGGCCUCCUGAGGAGCCCCCUCUUCCCCGUGUUCCUCUCCGUCACCACCUACUUCUUCCUGGUUGGCCUUUACACCGUGUUGGACCUGCUGGCUCCCACCUGGCCCUGCAUCAACCGCUACAGGCUCCAUCGUGACAGACCAGUCACGUUGCCCAAUAUCUGGACUACCCUGGGUGUCACCAUCUACAACCACCUGCUUUAUAUAUUUCCUGCUGCGGUUGCCCAGUGGCUGUGGAGGCCGCCCACCCCGCUGCCCCGUGAAGCUCCCACCCUCUGGAGCUUCUUCCUCGGCAUCCUGGGCUGCAUGGUCAUCUUCGACUUCCAGUAUUACCUGUGGCAUCUGCUGCACCAUCGAAUUCCCUGGCUGUACCGCACCUUCCAUGCUGUGCACCACCAAUACAACGAGCCUUUCAGCCUGGUUACCCAGUACCUGUCUGGAUGGGAGCUGUUCAGUGUGGGGUUUUGGGCCACGGUAGACCCCAUCCUGCUCCAGUGCCACUGCCUCACCACAUGGGGCUUCAUGGUCUUCAACGUCUACGUCUCAACUGAGGACCACUGCGGCUACAACUUCCCGUGGGCCAUGCACAACCUGGUGCCCUUUGGCCUCUGGGGCGGUGUACCCAAGCAUGACGCUCACCACCAGCGUCCCAACACUAACUUUGCCCCAUUCUUUUCUCACUGGGACUGGCUGGGGGGCACCAACUCGGUGCCAACUCCCCCCAGCCACUCGGCCACUGGAGAGCCAGACGAACUGAAGGGGAGAAAAGACUACAGAACUUGAAUUAAUGUCUCAUUGACGCUGCCUCUCUUUUACUCAGUCCGUCCCUUUUGUACCUGCACUUUACCAACAAGCUUGUGUUUUUUUUCUUCUUCUCCCUAGACCACUUUCUCUCUUCCCCAUCUCCCUGCAUUUCUUUCUCCUUUUUCCUUCUCUUCUUUCUCUUUGGUACUAUAAAAUUCCCUCUACCUAUUUCACCAAUGCUCUCUAACAGAACAUGGAUAUUCUUCACAGUUUAGGUUGAUUAUCACUCUAACAUUUUCUGGUAAGUUGUUGAGAGGAAUUAUUCUUAGAGUUUUUAUCAAGCACUGUUGUACUAUGUACAUUUAGCUCUUAGUCACAGAGAGUUUUGCAUUCACGUUAAUAUAUUGUUAUUUUUUGUCUCUGUGGUAUCCUCAGGUCG